AUGACCGAAACUAAAAAACAAAAGACUCUAGACCAUCCUACCAGACCUCAAAAUGUCGGUAUUAAGGGUAUCGAAGUUUACAUUCCUUCCAGAUGUGUGAACGAAGGAGAAUUGGAAAAAUUCGAUGGAGUUUCCACUGGUAAGUAUACCAUUGGUCUUGGUCAAACCAAUAUGUCGUUUGUAGAUGAUCGUGAAGACACUGCUUCUAUGUGUUUGACCGCCUGUUCUAAACUUUUGAAAAACUAUUCGAUCGAUCCACACCACAUUGGUCGUUUGGAAGUCGGUACUGAAUCAUUGAUCGACAAAUCCAAGUCUAUCAAAUCUGUGUUGACACAAUUGUUUGAUGGUAACAGCGAUUUGGAAGGUGUCGAUACCUUAAACGCAUGUUAUGGUGGUACCAAUGCUCUGUUCAAUUCUUUGAACUGGAUUGAAUCCAGUGCUUGGGAUGGACGUGAUGCGAUUGUUGUUUGUGGUGAUAUUGCCAUUUACGACAAGGGUCCAGCAAGACCAACUGGUGGUGCCGGUACUGUUGCCCUAUGGAUCGGUCCCGAUGCUCCAAUUGCUUUCGACUCUGUUAGGGGUUCUUACAUGGAAAACGCAUAUGAUUUCUACAAGCCAGAUUUCACAAGUGAAUACCCAUACGUUGAUGGUCAUUUCUCCUUGGCUUGUUACGUCAAGGCUCUAGAUCAAGUUUACAAAAAUUAUUCGCGUAAAGCCAUUGCCAAGGGUCUAGCUACCGAACCAGCUGGUCCCGAAGCCGUCAAUGUGGCCAAGUAUUUUGACUACAACGUCUUCCACGUUCCAAACUGUAAAUUGGUCAACAAGUCCUACGGUAGAUUGGUAUACAACGAUUUCAGAGCUGAUCCAUCUCUGUACCCUGCCGUGGAUGCCCAAUUGGCCACAGUCGACGUCGAAAAAUCCCUAGCUGACAAGUCCAUCGAGAAAACUUUUGUCAAUGCUUCAAAGGCCCUACAUAAAGAAAAAGUUGAGCCUUCAUUGAUUGUCCCAACAAACACCGGUAACAUGUACACUGCUUCCGUCUACGCGGCGCUAGCUUCCUUAAUAUUCUUUGUUGGUUCCGAAAAAUUACAGGGUAAGCGUGUGGGUCUCUUCUCUUACGGCUCCGGUCUUGCCGCUUCACUAUUCUCCUGCAAGGUUAUCGGAGAUCUAUCCAAGAUGGCUAGUGUACUAGACCUUGACAACAAGCUAAAGGAUAGAAAGACUGAAUCACCAGAAGACUACGAAAAAGCUAUUCAUUUGAGGGAACAAGCUCAUUUGAAGAAAGAUUUCACUCCACAAGGAUCUAUCGAUGAGUUGAAGCCAGGAACUUACUACUUGGAGAAGAUCGACGACAGAUUCAGAAGAUCCUAUGGUGUUAAGAACUAA